AAAGCUUUUUAAAAAACAAAAUUCCAAGACCAAAUGAUCUCAUUGGUGAAUUUCAUCAACCUUUCAUGACGAAAUAAUAUCAGUUAUACACAAACCUUUUAGAAAAUAGAGAAAACAGGAAGACUUCCUCUUUCAUAUGAUGAGACUAGCAUUACAGAGACAUUACUGGAAAAGAAAAUCCAUACCAAUAUCCUCCUGAUCAUAGAUGCAAAAUUCCUUCAUAAAGUAUUAACAAAUUAAAUCCAACAAUACAUCAUGAUCAAGUGAGUUUUAUCCCAGGUAUGCAAAGUUGAUGUAUUAGUCUGUUUCCAUGCUGCUGAUGAAGAUAUACCUGAGACUGGGCAAUUUACAAAAGAAAGAGGUUUAUUGAACUUACAGUUUCACAUGGUUGAGGAAGCCUCACAAUUGUGGUACAAGGUGAAAGCCACGUCUCACAUGAUGGUGGCAAGAGAGAGAACGAAAGCCAAGUGAAAUGGUUUCCCCUUAUCAAACCAUCAGAUCUUGUGAGACUUAUUGAAAACCACUAGAACAAUACAGGGAAACCACCCCCAUGAUUUAAUUAUCUCCCCCUGGAUCCCUCCCACAAAAUGUAGGAAUUAUGGGAGUACAAUUCAAGAUGAGAUAUGGGUUGGGACACAGAGCCAAAUCAUGUCACUUGGUUUAACAACAGAAAAUGUAGUUUACCACCUUAAGAGAAUAUGAAAAAAAUAAAUAUGCUCAUUUCAGUAGGUAUCAGAGAAGAUUUUGACAAAAUUUAAUAUUCACUUAUUAAAAAAAUUUUUCAUAGGAAACUUGUAAAAGGGAAUUUCUUCAAUCUGGCCAAGAAUGUCUACUAAACACUGAUUUAAUUGCAUACUUAAUGAUCAAAGACUGAACUAUUUUCCCCUAAAAUCAGGAACAAGGCAGAGAUAUCCUCUCUCUUCAUUUCAGCUUAACAUGCUGUUGGGGACCCUAACCUGUGAUAAGGCAAGAAAAAAGUAGUAAAAAGUGUAUAGAUUUGAAAGGAAGAAAUAAAACUGUUUUAUUUGUACAUGACAUGAUAAGAACACAAAGUACCAUAAAGAAUCUAUAUAAAAGCUAGUAGAACUAAGGAAUACAUUCAGCAAGUUUGCAGGAUACAAGGUCAGUGUAUUUCUGUAUGCUAGUGACAGUUAGAAAAUUAAAUUUAAGGAGAGUGGAAUGUCUUGACUUCAGAGUGGGAACCUUCAUUGUGCCAGUGUUGAGAAUUAAAUAUGGGUGGUGUUGAGAAAGGCACAAAGAUUUUUUUUCAGAAGUGUUCCCAGUGCCACAUCAUUGAAAAGGGAGGCAAGCACAAGACUGGGCCUAAUCUCCAUGGUCUCCUUGGGCAGAAGACAGGUCAGUCCAUUGGAUUCUCUUACACAGAUGCCAAUAAGAACAAAGGCAUCACAUGGGGAAAGGAUACAUUGAUGAAGUAUUGGGAGAAUCCCAAGAAGUGUAUCCCUGGAACAAAAAUGAUCUUUGCUGGCAUUAAGAAGAAAGAAGAAAGGGCAGACUUGAUAGCUUAUCUCAAAAAAGCUACUAAUGAGUAAUAAUCGGCCACUGCCUUAUUUAUUACAAAACAAAAACAUGACUUUUUAAUGUGUACCAUACUUUAAUAGAUUCAUACACCAGAAUUCAGAUCAUGAAUGACUGACAGAAUAUUUUGUUGGAUAGUCCUGAUUUAAAACUAAGACUGGCUUGUGGUUAAAUGGGUAUGUUCAGUUUUUGAAUUUCAAUAGUAAUUCCAAUUCAGUAAAUGCCAUCACUGUUCACCCCUUCUAAAGAUAUGAUUAGCCUUCGUUAGUAAUGUUCAAAUUUUCACAAAGCUGGUGAGUGCCAUUUUAAAACUUACUGGAGAUUGGUUUUAUAUUUAGAUUUAUAUAACUGGUUAUGUGAAUAUAUUUAAUUAAUGGGGAAAUUCCUUCACUGUCUCAGAACUAAGCAAGAUUCACCUGUGUUUUGUGUUCAUCUGCCUCUUAAAGGCAAGGUUUGAAGAUAAAUAAGGUAGCAAUGUCUACUUUAUAUUUUUGGCCUUAACUAUGCCAAUCUAAUUAGAAUUUUCUGUAUUCAAAAUGGUUCCUUUUAGUUAUUGAAAGGAAUUUUAGUGUGGUUUAUGUGUAAUAUCAAAGAUUACUUAGCACUUCUCA